AUGGAAGGCUUCCAAUUGGCGUGGUGUGCCAGUAUUUCCGCAAUCAGUUUUCCAUUCGUGUCAACAAAAAAUCUGCAAAAUCCUCUUGGGUCCAAGAAGGCUCGUUGUCUAACCGACAACCGUGAUGUGUACGAGCAACUCAUCUUACACCGAGUUCGUGACGACAAGGUCGCUAUUCAGUCUGGUCACAACGGUCGCUUCCUCCAUGUCCGCGUAUCUGGGGAAUGCGUAUUUGACUCCACUGAUCCUGGCGAGUGGGAGCGCUUCACCAUGGAGACGGACUCAGAUUGCGCUCUCUACUUCGUGUCGUGCCAUACUGGAAACACCCUUCAUUGUGACGAUCAUAAUGUAGCCAGGUGUGCGAAUGAAAACCGUCAAUAUUGGGAGGCCUGGAGAAUUGUGGAGCCCCGCUCUAUUGCUACCACCAGCCAAAUCCAACGUGCUUUGGAUCAGCGUCAUGUUCUUGCUGGUAAAGACCGCCAGAAUUUUGUCGUGGAGCUUGCAAGAUGUGGUAAGACGCCUCAAGAAAUUGAGCAGAUCGUGACAAGCAUUUUUGAUGGUACAGGUGCUACUGCUGUACGGUCGGCUGAAGCCAUUCCAGUCAGUAAGGAGUAG